UAUAUUUCAGAGUGAAUUUUACUGCUGCUAAGUUGGGUCUGAUAGUUUUGCCUGUUUUCACGCAGAAACCAAAUAAUGUUGCAUCUUUCUGUUCGGUCUCUUUGUGCAACAUUAAACAAAAGAAUUGUACAAAUUGCAUUUUGUUUCUUCAGUUGAAAACGUGACCACGCGGAGGGGUAGUGGGUAAAAGUGUUGCCUUGCUGCAAGAAGACCGCGAUUCACAACCCGGUCCAAGCAAAGGCCUUUCUGCGUGGACCCACACAUCCCCGUCUCCUCCCACUGUCCAGAAACAUGCAGCAGUUAACUGGACACUCUAAGACAGGGGACUAAAUUCCCGGGCUAGGGGCCACAUGCGGCCCACCAGUCCACGUCCUGCGGCCUUAUACACUUAUUUUGAAAUGAUUAAAUUCAACAUUUAAUUAUAAAUAAGCCUGUCUAGUGUUUAUUUUGUAUAUUUUGUUUUAAUGUUUGUGUUUUUGUUAUUUACAGAUUCAUUUUACAUCAUAAUUAAGUUUUUUUCAUUGUGAACUAUAUAUCAAAACAAGCACUUUUACUUUGAAAUGGUGUGCGAUGUCAUCCUAAGUAUUUGUAAUUGCAACAUCAUGACAGAUUAUCAAGAUAUUUUCAUUUCUAAUCACUAAAUAAUUUUUCCCUCCUGACCAGACUAGAAGUUCACUGGCCCCCAUGUCAUUUUGAGUUUGAGGCCCCUGCUCUAAGGCGUGACCCCACCUUUCCUCGGUCAGCUGGGAUUGGCUCCACCUCCCUUGACCCUCAUGUAAAGGACAAAGCAGGAGAAAAUGAAUGAAUGAAACACUGACUGUGUCUCCUCUGUCUCUGCUUCCUCCUCAGCGUCUCCUCUCCUCACCAGGUGAAGCCCUGUGACCCGCUGACGCUCCCCCAUCCUCCCCUCCCACCCCACCCCCUCCUACAGACAUCACCCACUGUCCCCACCUCCCCCCCAAACCCCACCUGGCCUUUGCACCUGUCCGUCCUCAUCCGACCACUGCCACUGGUCCCUCUUUUACCCCAUGGUGGCCCCACGGCCUGCCCUCUCACUGCUAUUGGCUGUCCUGGCCUGCACGGGGCCCGCACGCCCCUCGCCCCCCCUGCUGCUCCGGCCCCGGGAGAGAGAGAGGGACUCGGGUGGCGUCAACAUUGCCGUGAUCCACUCGGGCACCUCCCUACUCCCGGAGACGGCGGUGGUGGGAGGCGCGGGGGUCGGUGAGCCGGGGCCGGGGCCAGGAAACGGUCCAGGAGGAGGAGAAAGAGGCGAGAGAGGAGAGAGAGGAGAGAGAGGCGAGAGAGGAGAGAGAGGCGAGAGAGGCGAGAGAGGAGAGAGAGGAGGAGGAAGGGGAGUGAUGGACACAGCUUCACUGGCAGGAGUGGCUGCGAUGGCCGGGUUCUCAGCCUCCAUAUCAUCCCUGUCUCUGGCGGCGUUGGUGGGGGAGACGGUGAUGACGCCGUCGGGUCAGGCCAAUGUCAUCUACCUGGCCGUGAACGAGAGCAGCCCGGGCAGUUUACUGCUGCAGCUGUGUGAGCUGCUGGCCACCACACCUCUGCAGGGUUUAGUGUUUGAGGAGGAGAGACCGCCGCCACCGAACCGCGCCCCUCUGGCUCCCAUGCUGGAGUUUGUCUCCGCCCAGACGGGUGUCCCUGUGGUCGCUGUGGGGGGCGGGGCCAGCCUGGGACGAGAGCCACAGGAGAGUGGCUCCAUCUACCUGCAGUUCACCUGCUCCACCUCGCUGCAGCUGGAGGUCAUCUUCGAGGUGCUGGAGGAGUACGACUGGACCGCCUUCUCCGUGGUGACCACGCGCCACCACGGCUACGAGGACUUCCUGGCCAUGGUGGAGGGCAUGACGGAUGGUUCGUUUAUCGGCUGGGAGAAGAAGAGCGUGGUGGUCCUCAACGUGACGGAUGACCCGGGCGGGGCGCGGAUCAAGAGGCUGCUCAAGGACAACGAGGCUCAGGUACGUCUGCUCUACUGCUCCCUGGAGGAGGCCGAGCUGGUUUUCCGUGCGGCGUGGGCGGCGGGUCAGGCCGGGCCCAGUCACAUGUGGUUCGCCGUGGGACCCGCGCUCUCCGGUCUGGGCCUGGAGGGUUUGCCCAAGGCCUUGUUCGCGAUCCGGCCGCAGGGCUGGAGAGAUGAGCCGCGCAGGAGAAUCGCUAAGGGCGUCUCGGUGCUCACGCACGGGGCGAUGGCGCUGCGGCGAGACCAAGGAAGCACCAGCCGCUCGCAGUACGCCGGGAACUGCCAGAGCGACGGCAACCAGACGCAUCGCGUGCCGGACAGGAUCAGGUAUUUCACCAACAUCUCUAUCGGUGGACGGGAUUACUCCUUCAACAGUGACGGCUACUUGUCCAACCCGCUCAUUGACGUCAUCUCCUACACCAACGGCAGAGGCUGGGAGGAGGUGGGCUGGUGGGAGAACGGAAACCUGCGUCUCCGCUAUCAUCCCUGGUCUCGUUACGGCUCCUUCCUGAAGCCUCUGGACGACUCGCAGCACCUCCGCGUGGUCACUCUGGAGGAGCGGCCCUUCGUUAUCGUGGAGCCUGCUGAUCCCGGGACCAGCUCCUGCAUCAGAGACUCUGUGCCCUGUCGUAUGCCCCUCAACUCCAGUUUGGUGGUGGACGGCACCGGACCCAUGAAGCACUGCUGCAAAGGUUUCUGCAUCGACGUCCUGAAGCGUCUGGCCAAGAUCGUGGGCUUCACCUACGACCUUUACCUGGUGACCAACGGCCGACACGGGAAGAACAUCGACGGGGAGUGGAACGGCAUGGUGGGAGAGGUGGUUUCUCACCGCGCCGACAUGGCCAUCGGUUCUCUCACCAUCAACGAAGAGAGGUCGGAGGUCGUGGAGUUCUCCGUGCCGUUCGUGGAGACCGGCAUCAGCGUCAUGGUUUCCCGUAGCAACGGCACCGUCUCGCCUUCUGCUUUCCUCGAACCGUACAGCCCGGCCGUGUGGGUGAUGAUGUUUGUCAUGUGCCUGUCGGUGGUGGCUGUCACCGUCUUCAUCUUUGAGUUCUUCAGCCCUGUGGGAUACAACCGCAGCCUGCAGAGCGCCAAGAAGUCAGGCGGGUCCAAGUUCACCAUCGGGAAGUCAGUGUGGCUGUUGUGGGCGCUCGUCUUCAACAAUUCUGUGCCUGUGGAGAAUCCUCGAGGAACCACCAGCAAAAUCAUGGUUCUGGUGUGGGCUUUCUUCGCUGUCAUCUUCCUGGCGUCGUACACUGCAAACCUGGCUGCCUUCAUGAUCCAGGAGGAGUACAUCGACACGGUGUCAGGGCUGUCAGAUAAGAAGUUCCAGCAGCCGACAGAGCAGUACCCGCCGCUGCGCUUCGGCACGGUGCCCAACGGCAGCACCGAGGAGAACAUCCGCUCCAACUACCCCAACAUGCACCAGUACAUGAUCCGCAAUAACCAGAAGGGCGUGGAGGAGGCCAUCGACAACCUGAAGACUGGGAAGCUGGACGCCUUUAUUUACGACGCUGCCGUGCUGAACUACAUGGCCAGGAAGGACGAGGGCUGCAAGGUGAUGACCAUCGGCUCUGGUAAAGUUUUUGCCACCACAGGUUACGGCAUCGCGCUGCAUAAAAACUCCCGCUGGAAACGACCUCUUGACCUCGCGCUGCUGCAGCUGGUGGGAGACGAUGAGAUUGAUAUGUUGGAGCGUCUCUGGCUGUCAGGAAUCUGCCACAACGAUAAGAUCGAGGUGAUGAGCAGUAAACUGGACAUUGACAACAUGGCGGGAGUCUUCUACAUGCUGCUGGUCGCCAUGGGCCUCAGCCUCCUGGUGUUUGCCUGGGAGCAUCUGGUCUACUGGAAAUUACGGCACUGUGUGAAGCGAUCUGGUGGGAUGGACUUUCUUCUGGCUCUCAGCAGGGGAAUGUACAGCUGCUGCCAGUUUGAGGAUGAGACCACACCGGGAGGCAGAAAAAGCUCAUUGCCCCAGUAUCACACUGUGAGCUCAAUGCCCACUGUAGCCCAACAACACCUCGUCACGGCCACAGUAAACAACACCACUGCCAUCGCCAUGGUGCAGCAGCAACCUCAGCAGAAGCACCUCCAACAGCAGCAGCAGCAGCAACAACAACAACAGGGGCAGACCUACACCACAAUGCUACCUGGAUCGCCGCCACCCACCGGGCACUCGGCGAUGGCCCUGGGUCCUUCAAACAGCCCCUUACUGGAAGGCCCCAUGCCUUGCUCCACCUUCCUGCCGCGCCAUGACCGCAGACUCGCAGUCGUGGACCGCUGGAACAGAGCAAAACCAGAGAAGGUCUUAAGUGCAGGCAGUGGUGGAGGUGUGGGCAUUGGGGGGAUUGCAGGAGGGAUCAUGGAUCUGCAGGCGCAGCAGCAGCAAUAUCAGCAAAGUCUAGGACAGCACUGGAGCCUGCAAGCAGGAAGUGGAGCAGGGGCAGGAGGUGACACAGGGCUGGAUGAAUAUAAGCGCUACUAUGGUCCUAUAGAUCCAGAAGGGCUGGCGACGAACUCAGACCAACAAGCAGGGGGCCCUCAGCAGACUCCCAAAGCUAAUCCUCGAGGUCCUAAAGCCUCAGCAAUGCCACGGCUGCCUCCUAAAGGCCCUCAACAAGGCUCAACGCACUUAAUCUCCAAGCCUCCUCCACCAAUCCCAUCUUCUCCACGAAGGCCUCCCUUCUGGCGACGAGGAAGCCUAGCUCAGGCAAGGAGAAAAGGUUCAGGAGGUCCUCUGUAUGAGAAUAUACUCCCCCUGGGGAGGAGAGGAGGUGGGAGGUAUGGGGCAAGUGAUGCAGGUGGAAGAAGAGGCCGACGUCCUCCUCCACCGCCUCCUUUACCUGUUCCCCUUUCCUCCCCAACACACACCCCCACUACUCCAUCUUCACCAUGCCAUUUCUACUCCUCUUGCUCGAGUGCCUCCUCCUCUUCCUCCUCCUCCACAUCGUCCUCAUCGUCUUCUUCAUCCUCUGUCUCCCUCUCUCGAUCAAACUCCCCCUCUUCUUGCUCCAGUGACAGCUCCUACAACUCCUCGCUGAGUUUCCGAUAUCGAGCUGGCGAUCGGGAUUUUAUGGUGGACGACGAUUAUGACUCAGAUUUGCUCACAGAGGAAUCAAGCCUCCUUCUGGGGUCCCGGAGGAAGAUUCGCUCGCGCCGCAUGUCAUCUCGCUCUUUGCCGUGCAGUCCCCCACCACCACCGGUCCCCCCGCGGAAGCCACGUCUGCAAAAAGAUUUUGGUAGAGAGAGAACAGGCAGCCAGCUCGCCCAGUUACAGGAGUGGUGGGCAUCGUGGGGAGACAGGGAGCGAGGGAGAGGAGGAGGAACAACAACGCGGGGAGACGCUGCAGUGGGUAGGGAAGAGAAGAGGCACCACAAAGAGAGAGAGCGUGAAAGGAAGAGGAGGAAGAAAGGACGGAAGAAGAAGAAAAGGGAGGAGAGGGAAAGAGAAAGGGAGCGAAAGCGGCGUAAAGCAAAGAAGAAAAAGAAAGAUGAUAGGGUGAGUAAGAGACCGCGAAAGAGGUCAGAACAGGAGGGAGGAGAACCUGAAAAAAGAGAGGAACUCAAAUCAGGGACACAGGACUACCCAUCAUAUCCGUCUCUUAGACGAGAGUCCUUUCGGAAAAAGAGCGAAAGCUCCAUCAGAAGCUAUGGAUGGAACAUACCAGGUGAGGAGGAGAGGAGGGAAAGGGAAGAUAAAGAGAGGGAUGAUGGGGAAGAGAGCAGAGGAAAGGAAAAGCAUCACCAGAGAAGAAACAGCAAGAACUAUCAUCGCUCUAGCAGCAAGCCGACCACGUCUGUGAAGUUCUGGGGAGCGGGUAACCCAUCCUCGGAUGCCAUUCCAUCUGCCUUCCUGCCCUUGUUGCCUGUCACCUCAAAAAGGAGGAAGAGUAAAAGUUCUGACAGGGAUGCUGUAGGAGUGGAAGGAGAGAGGAGGCCCUUGUUGGGGAGAGGUGAGAUCCACUCCAAAGAGGGGCUGUCAUUUCACGAGUGGGAGUCUGACGGCGAGGAUGAGGAUGAAGACUCUGAGCAGGAGAGGAGGAAAGCUGAUUGUGGAAAGCGGCGUAGAGGAGGAAGGACAUUAUCCGACGAGGAGCGGGAACGUGACAAGGUAGUCGGGAUAUAUUCUGACGAUGAUGGCUCUUCUGGAGAGUUUGGGAAGUUUGAGAGGUACUGGGAGGACCAUGAAGGCAGGGCGGUUGGAGGGAUCGGAGGAGGAGGUUGGUUUUUCAGCACAUACCCAUCCAGGGAUAAAGCCGGCAGCAUCAAUAGUAGAGACGACCUCUUCCUUGAGCGAGGAGAGAGGUGGGGGACAGCAGAUAUUGGGUGGAGUUCAAGUGCUGGUGGAGGAGAUGGCGGGGAGAGAGGGUGGGGUUCAGGAUCACACUGGCCUCCACCUCCUCUCACACCACCACCUCCUCGCCGAUACUGGUCAGUAGACAAACUCCACAUCCAAGAUGAGAAGAAGAGUAAACGAAAGUCAAAGGACAAGGGGAGAGGACACACAGCGUGCUCCUCCUGUCUCUCCCCCCAUCACCAUACGCACUCCCGUUCAUCCAAAUGGGCCCGUGUAGCCUCACGAAGCCAGGAUGAGUUGUACCACCACUGCCAGAGUUUCGGUGGUCCUCUGAAGCCCAAACACGACUCCUCCUCCUCCUCCAAACCCGAUCGCUCACAGAAUCCAUCUAAAUCUGGCAGUCAGUCAAACCUCAGCCUACAGCAGCGGACACAGAGAACAGACAGGGAUCGAGGGAGGCAGUCAUCCCCACCCUCAAACCUCAUACCCAACUUGCCACCUCCACUCCCUGCCCUUCCAGCUCCUCCGUCCACAUCACACCCAAUCCAUGUUCCUCCUCCUACAUCAUCCUCUUCUGUUUCCUCUCCCUCUGUGGUCUCCACCCCAGGAGCAGCCCAGUCCUCCUCCAUGGCUUCGGCAAGUGCCAAACUUCAGUACAAGAGAUUGCGCUCUGUACCCCAGCCCCAGAGGUUUCCUCAAUCCCCUCAUUUACCACUUAAAGCCAAGAGCCUUUGCUCACGAAGGGGCUCUGCCCAUUUCUCCAGUGUAGAGAGUGAGGUCUGAAGUUCAACAAAGGUAUUCAAAGUCAUAAGGGAACCCUAGAACACUGACACUUACAAAGUAGUAGGAGAUCUGGAGUACACACACUGAGUCCUUUCCUACGGUUCUGCACAAACAAAUCAGAAAGCCAAACACAUCCAGCGGGGUAGUCCAAGGAAAGCGUGGAUUCCUUUUGUUCCUCUGCAUAUGUGAAAGACUACAACCACAGCAACAACAUGAUUGUGAACUAGAACUCACUCAAAGCAAAUCAAACAUUCAAGUGGUAACUGAAGGAGAGUCCUUUGCUUUGGGUAUUGAAAUCAGAGCAGGAGUUUGUAUUCAGAGGAUUCUUAAUGCUUACUGAGGGCUCAGGAACUUUGUACUAUUGUAUGCCUGCUGCUCUCGGAAGCCUUUAAACACAGAACAGUGUAUUUUUCUUUACUUUUUUGCUUAAACAAGUCGCUUACCCCAUUCUCCUUUUUCCUUAAAACUGUUUACAUCCCCGCAGAACUGUGACGCCCACCCAAGGCACUUUUGUUUCUUGUCUAGAGGGGGGAAGAGGGUGAUAACCUCUUGUCUUUUCCGCGUAAUCCAUGCACCUUCUGUUUUGUUCGCUCCCAUCUUUUCCUCCCUCUGCACCCUUAUUUUCUCUGUGUUUUCUCUGCCUUACCUCCUUCCCCACCCCUCUUACGUUUAUCUUCUUCUCACCUCUUUUGUCAUCUCAUCUCCUGUUCUCUCCCCCUCGACUCCUCUUCUUGAUCUGAUUAUUCUGUGCGUCUGUGCUUUCCGUGUUUGUAUUCUUGACGACAGGGUAAGUCAACUGUGACUGAUAUUCUGCUGGCUUAAUGAAAAGCUGAGUGCCAAACCUACGUAGAGCUUGACAUUAAUCUGUACAACGUUAGCUGCUGUGUUUUCUUUGAUCUCACAGAGUUUUCCAUCAUCUCUACACAACAAAACAAAAACCGCACACAACAUGUAAGGACACACACACACAACUAAUAAGUUAAUCGAUUCUUUAAUGAGCAAUACAUUUGACACCAUCUGUUGAGUUAAUGUUUUAUACUUUGAAUCUUUCAUUUGACCUCAGUGUUGUAGUUGUUGUUGUUGUUAUCGAUGAUAUUCUACAGUAUAUAUCAACGUGUUCAGUCUAAUACAGUGUUAGCACUUGGUCAAAACUUGCACAUGAAAAGUUCUCUCAGCUACCUAACCACGACAGCGUUGGUCGUGUCUGUUCCCUGCAACAACAGUGGAGACACACAAUGGGAAGCGUAGCAUUUCUGCCGGUUAGGAACCGAGUCGGACGUAAACAACUGUUUGCUAACCUUGCAGGCCAAGUCUGCAGCAGUUGCUGAGGGACUAGAUGUGAAAUAUAUUGUUUUAUGCACUGCCAGGCCUAAAAGUAAGUCACCAUCCGGAUUUUACUUAGCAAAUCAGGGAGCUGCAGUGAUUAAUAUUCAGCUGGCAACACGUUACUCAGCUUUAGCUGAGGCAGUGAGAAGCUUCUUGGUUUGUAAACGACAUCACGCGGUGGAGGAAGAAAUUAGCCUGCGUCAAACAAACAAAACAAUUAAGCAGCUGAAAUUGGAUUAGGAAUUAUCCAAAACAUUACUAGUACCUGGAAAUGAUAGUGGUGAGCCGUAAUCGUCAAGGGUCAAAUGUGAUGGGAAUAAAAAACUUGGGAAUGAUUGUGAUGGGUCUCGGCCAUCACUUAAAAAUUAUUGAAAGCAAAUCAUAAAAAAAUUAACAGUUGAACAAUUGUUAUGGUGAAAGCAUGAGUCAUCAAUUUCACCUGAACCUCCCUUAGACUCUUUGAGAUGUGCUGGAGAAAACUUAACAGCCAAGACUUUCUUUGUUCGACUUCACUGGGGUACACUGGAUGUGAUCCUGUGACUGGGGUCAAUUUAGAAUGUCCAAAUAACAGUAAGCAAUGGGGAUUAGGUACCAUGCUCAGGAGUACCCCAGCGCUUGACCUGGUGGGAUUAGAACUGGCAACCCUCCGGUUACCAGCCAUCAACAUUCAAGAUAUACAGUACCACUGCAAAUGACAUGUGACCUUCUUUUGGCCAGGCAGUGUAUUUAUAACCCGUCACUGGUCAAAUUGGUGCCAUGGCUAGAAGACAUCCGAUUUUUAACAACACAGAUUUGCUCUCCACCAAACAAGAGAAGACAACAGUCACAUUUGGCAAAGGUGUAAGAUGUUGCAGGGAAGGAAAUACUUAUAGCCUUAUGCUAACUGCUCCUGCCAUAUAAAGUACCACUGUUAAAGUAUGUAUUUUUCAUUCAUGUGUUUGGGGUUAGCCUCAUGCUAGCUAGACCAUGUGCUCAAAUGAGCAGGAAGCGAGUGCCGUUUUUGGGUACAAGCUAGUUUACAUCGCAUAGGCGUGCCAGAAUCGAACUGACAGUGUAUGAAAGACACACAGUUUUCACUUCAUGUGCAAUUUUUACAUUUCAUUCGUUCAAGUAAUUUUCUCCGCACUGUACACAUGGAACCAAGAGCUUUAGCUUUCUAGUCCAUCACCGAGCUGACACCAGCAGUUACACUCCGAGGACAAGCACUUAGUGUCAGAGUAGCCGACUCAUAUCGACCAACGAUAGAACGCAAGUGCUGAGGACACUGGACGUCAGUGGGUGGAGUUACAUUGGGGGAAGCUGAUUGCGAUUUAUUUUUGUUGGGCUGGUCAUGUUGCCUGAACCACGUCGCCUGAACACUGGUCAGCUCGCGUCGUUUGCCUGGAACUGCAUCUGAGCCAUACUUUUACUUCUGCUGAAGAAAACAAAAGAGAGAACCUUAGAUUUUGACAUGAAAAUUGUUGUGUAGAGUUUGUCCGACUUUCUUUAAGAAAAAAAAAGUUCUACAUAUAUAUAUUGAAUAUAUAUAUAUAUAUAUAUAUCUAUAUAUUUGUGGCUGUGGGUAGCGUUAGAAAAAAAUUGUUGUUUCAAAUGUUGACAUUUGGGGGAUAUUGUUUCUCAUUUAUGAGUACAUUUUUACACAUGUUCCCUCGUGUUCACCAGCAACAGGGAAACACUUUUCUUUCCUCAGAUGAGUAACGACUGGAUGAAAUCAAACUGGGAGACAAAUUCAACACUUUUCUUUACAAAGUUUGAGCCAAAUUAGGAAAGUGUAGAAUAAAAGCGAGAGUUUCUGUGUUUUCACACCGCGGGCGAUUCCGAGAAAGAUUUUCUACAGCCUGAGACAAAAAAAAAGAAGAUCUUUUUGGUGUCGAACUUGUUCCUGGAAAACCGCUCAGCGGUGUGAACACAGCUUGGAAUUUAGCCACUCCCUCCGCCCCCUUUUUUCCUCAUGUCUAUCCAUUGUGUUGUGUGAGUGUCUGCAAUUGUAAAGCUGGUCUGUUUUGUUUUGUUAGUUUUUUUAAAAAAAGAAGAAGAAUCUAUGGAGAUGUUUAUUUCAUCUAAGAAAAAAGAAAAAAGCAUAUCUAAAUAUAUAUGAAGGUAUAUUUCAAGACGCUAAGAUCUAUGUCCUAUAAGUUUGUCUACUAAAUUUACACUAUUAUCUCUAUGAAAAUAUGUCUUUUUUUGUAUGUUCGUGUGUCUCUCUCCUCGUCUCGGACCUCCUGCCCCCCGACUCCCAAACCCGACCCCGACCCCCAAACCCCAGCGAAAAACAGAGACCAGGACGCAACUGUGUUUUUGCUCACGUUCACACCAAACCAUCCGCUAAGAUUUCCCGCUGAGUGACGAUGUGAGAGGGUGCGCGAGUGUCUUAUGACCGUGUCACUGUAGCACUGGUGGCGUGCGUGUGAAUCCAGAGGGGCCUUUUCAUCUGAGGUUUUUGGGGCUUACAGAUUAAAUAUCAAACUUUUAUGGACACAGCAGCUUUUACCACAACUCUCACUUCUGUCGGGGGUCACGGUCUUGACCUCGUUCCGGGUUCACAUCAGAUCCUGGACUUUAUAGCGCCGCGUGUACAGUGACAGGUGACCUCUCUCUUUGAAACACAAUGUAGCGAGCAGCACAGGCUUGAGUUUUUCCUCCCAUCUUUUGGUCGCUGUAUUACUAUGAAAAACACAACCAUGCACAGCUGCCCCUGCCAACAACCCAUAAUAUGGUAUAUAUAAGAUCUUUGAUAUACGUACAGUGUGUUGUAUCUGCCUAACUGCUGUGCUGUAACAACAGAUGAGAAAAAAGGGGCGAGUUGUACAAGUUUUGUUUUUUUCCAUUUUGCAAAACUGCUAAUAUGAUACAAGUCAGGGGGCGGGGCCAAAUGUGCUCGCUAGUGUGGUUGCCACUAA